AUGGCCGAGGCGUCACCCCCCGCCGCGGACCUGCAGCCUUCCGGAGCGCGGUUGCUGGAGUCGACUCUGUACAAAGAGGAUGUGUUCACCAAUGAGCACACUUCUGUUUGGGGCUCCUUCUAUGAUCCGGAGACCAAGCGCUGGGGCUACGGGUGCUGUAAGGUGAUGGAGAAGCAGAGCAAGUGUACUGCAGAGAAGGCCCCAGAGCCUGAGCCCAACAGCAGCGACUUGGACAACUCCCCGGAGAGUUUGGGGCCCGAUGAAGUGGAGAUCAUUGACUGGAACAACCCACCGGCCGAGCUGCGCCCCCGCGGGAGCUUCAAGGCACCCACGGCCUGGGUGGAGCACUACGUUCGCCACUAUGUUGGUGAGUGGCAGCGCAAGGCAGAGGACGGCUACGCUGGAUUUCCCGACUUGGCAGUGACCACGCUCAAGCCCCUGCUGAAGCCUUCGAUGGAGGCCCUGGAAAUUCUCAUCCGCAGGCUUCACAACCCGAGGGAGCUCGACCGAUCUGAGAAAACAGUGCGCCGCGGCCGCGAGACGCGCGCUGGCAUGGAGGGCCGGGUGCAGGAGGAGAGAAGUGUUUUGGAGCAGCUUGAUGACAUCACAUCGAACUCUGCCAGCCUGGACUACUUGGCGGCCCGAGCUGGCUACAUGAAGCUGACCUUAGGCAACAAGACGUGGAACAACACGUUCGUGGCGCACGUUGCUGCUUGCACCAUGAAAGGUGCAAGAGAGUACCGGCGCAACAGAGACAAUUACAACACCUACGACAUGGAUCCGGACUCGCAGAAGUACAUGCACGCCUUGCUGAAGCUCGUACAGCUUGCGCAGUGCUUGAAGCCGAAUCCGGACCAAUCCAAGAACUGUGUGUUCUGA